AUGACAAGCUUAAAGCGUUCGUACGCUGCCGACAGCGCUGCGCCGAACCUCUCGAGCAAGGUCUAUAUUCGCUCCACCAAGAGUGGCAAGGUUCAAAAAAUUGUUCGCGAGCUCUACUUGCGCGAAGACAUCCCUUGCUCAUCAAGACUAUGUGCUCGCUGUCUCGAGAUCGCUCCUACCGACUAUCAUAACAAGGUCGCUCCGUUUGUGCUUUCCGAGACUCCUGGUGGAACAAAAUCAUUUCCCAAUGGCCACUACAUAAUUCCCGACACCAAUGCUUUCCUCACCGGAAUGGAUCUUUUUGAGCUCGAAACCGCCUUCUUCGAUGUUAUUGUACUGCAAACUGUUCUGGAGGAAGUCAAGAACCGCUCUUUGCCUCUCUACCAUCGCCUCAUCAGCUUGACCAAGAACGACAGCAAGCGCUUCUACGUCUUUUUCAACGACUUCAGACUGCAGACCUACGUCGUUCGCCAAGAUAAGGAGACCAUCAACGACAGAAACGACCGCGCUGUUCGCCGCGCCGUCAAAUGGUAUGCCGACCAUCUCGACGAGGCUGUCAGCAAGCGCAAAUCCAUCAGAUGUCCCUCGAUCGUCAUGAUCAGCGAUGAUCGUGACAACAUCCGUAAAGCUAAGAACGAUGGUAUCACUGGAUUGUCAUUGCGCGACUAUGUCUCUGGACUCGACGAAUCAGAACGUUUGUUGGAUAUGGUCAGCGCUGGUCAGGAACAGAGGGUUGGCAAGCAAACAAAGGGCGAGCUGCUCUACCCGGAUUACCUUUCUGUCUCAAAGAUGAUUACUGGUGUCAAGGCUGGAACCAUGCACCAAGGAACAUUCAACGUAUCACCCUACAACUACCUAGAGGGAUCCGUCUUCGUCCCGGCAUUCGACAAACCACUACUUAUCAUCGGAAGAGAGAACAGCAACAGAGCAAUUUCCGGAGACAUUGUGGUUGUUGAGGUUCUGCCCAAGGAUCAGUGGAAGGCUCCUUCAUCCAAGAUUCUGGAAGAGGAAGUUGUCAACAAGAACGAUAACGCGGAUGCAGACGAGGGUGAGGCCGUUAUCACUCAGCAGGAAAAGCGCGCAUUGCAAGAGGAAGUCAAGAAGACGCAUGGCAAGAGUGCUGAAGGAAGGCCGCAACCUACUGCUCGCGUUGUUGGCAUCAUCAAACGUAACUGGAGACAGUAUGUUGGUCAUGUCGACAAAGACUCCGUAAAAUCCUCGACAAAGCAGAGCCGAGCACAGCAGACUGUCUUCUUGAUUCCCAUGGACAAGCGCAUCCCAAAGAUUCGCAUUCGUACCCGCCAGGCUGGAGAUCUACUCGGCAAGCGUUUGCUUGUCACUAUCGAUGCCUGGGACAGAGAGUCGAGAUACCCUGUUGGUCAUUUCGUCCGCUCUCUCGGAGAGCUUGAGACCAAAGGCGCCGAGACCGAAGCUCUGCUUUUGGAAUGGGAUGUACAGUACCGACCAUUCCCCAAGACUGUCCUGGAUUGUCUGCCUGCCGAAGGUCACGACUGGAAGGUGCCCACAGACAUGUCUGACCCUGGCUGGAACAAGAGAAGGGACUUGCGCGAUCUGUUGAUCUGCAGUAUUGAUCCUCCUGGCUGUGUUGAUAUCGAUGAUGCACUACACGCCAGAACGCUACCGAACGGAAACAUCGAAGUCGGUGUCCACAUUGCUGAUGUUUCCAACUUCGUAAAGCCAAACAACGCCAUGGAUCAAGAAGCAAGUUUGCGUGGUACCACCGUGUACCUAGUCGACAAGCGUAUUGACAUGUUGCCCAUGCUGCUCGGUACCGAUCUCUGUUCUCUGAAGCCGUACGUUGAGCGCUUUGCUUUCUCGGUUAUCUGGGAACUCACACCCGAGGCUGACAUUGUGCGCGCUGACUACACCAAGUCGGUCAUCAAGUCAAGGGAAGCUUUUGCUUACGAACAGGCCCAAAUUCGUGUCGACGACCAGUCUCAGCAAGAUGAUCUCACCAACGGUAUCCGAAUGCUCAUGAUGUUGUCGAAGAAGCUGAAGAAGAAGCGUAUGGACGCUGGUGCUUUGAACUUGGCCAGUCCUGAGGUGCGUGUCCAGACCGAGUCCGAGACUGCAGACCCCGCAGACGUGCAGACCAAGCAGCACUUGGACACCAUGUCGUUGGUUGAAGAGUUCAUGCUUCUCGCCAACACCAGCGUCGCCGCUCGCAUCUACGAAGCUUACCCCCAAACUGCCUUGCUGCGUCGCCACGCUGCUCCUCCAAAGACAAACUUCGAAGAGCUUUCCAACCAGUUGCGUGUCAAGCGUGGUAUGGAGUUACGGACAGACAGCUCUAAAGCUCUUGCCGACUCGCUAGACACCUGCGUGGAACCAUCAGAACCUUUCUUCAACACACUCGUCCGUAUCAUGGCUACUCGUUGCAUGAUGUCAGCCGAGUACUUCUGCUCAGGCACUCAAGCAUAUCCCGAGUUCCGCCAUUACGGUCUCGCCAGCGAGAUCUACACUCACUUCACUUCCCCUAUCCGUCGUUACGCCGAUCUCGAAGCUCAUCGCCAGCUCGCAGCCGCAAUCGACUACGAGCCCCUGGACGCCAGUCUGCUCUCAAAGGCCAAGCUGGAAGGCGUGUGCAAGAACAUCAACGUGCGCCAUCGCAAUGCCCAGCAAGCUGGGCGCGCCAGUGUCGAGUACUACGUCGGCCAAGCACUCAAGGGUCGCGUGGUAGAUGAAGACGGCUUCAUCAUGCGCGUCUUCUCUAACGGCAUCGUCGUCUUUGUCCCUAGAUUUGGCAUCGAAGGUCUGAUCCGUCUGCGUGAUCUUGCCACCCCUGAGCCUGAAAGCGAGUUUGACACUGAAAAUUACAUUCUCAAGAUCAAGGGUGAGGGUAUUGAUAGGAAUGUGGAGCUGUUCGAGAAGAUCAAGGUUAGGAUCUCGGAUGAGGCUGAAGAGAGCACUGGAAAGAGAAAGGUCAAGCUUUCGCUUUUGUAG